CGAUCGGACAUCAGUCGCUGCUCAUCGGCACUCAAGGCGUUUUUUUUUUGGAAUUGGUAUCAUCGCAUCAAGUGGAUUAGUAGUCAGCAUGAAGGUCUUCGUUUGCAUGUGUGCUCUGUUCGCUGUGGCCAACGCUGGCUUCCUGGGACUCCUCGGCGGAGGCGGCGGUCUUGGUGGCGGCAGCGGUGGCCUUAGCAUUGGAGGCGGUGGUGGUGGCAACGGAGGCGGCGGCGGCGGUGGCGGUGGUCGCGGCUACGGCGGUCCAGGUCCCAGCGCUCCCGUCCAGGUGGUCAAGGUGAUCCACCAGCAGGGCGGCGGUGGCGGCGGCGUUGGCUACUCCUCCGGCGCCAGCUAUGGCGGUGGCUACAGCUACGAAGCUGCUCCCCAGAUCUUCAAGGUGAAGGUCAUCUCUGGCGGCAGCAGCGGUGGCUAUGGACCCGCUCCCGCUCCCAUUUAUUCGGCUCCUGCUGGCCCCGCUCCCUCCUCCGUUAAGGUGAUCAAGAUCCUGCAGGAGUCCGCUCCCGUGGCUGGACCCGCUUUCAUUGGCGGCUCUUCAGGUGGCUCUUCCGGUGCCGUGUCCCAGGUCAUCAAGGUCGUUCACGAGAGCGGCAGCUCGUCGGGUGGCUACGCUUCCGGCGGUUACGCCUCCGGUGGUUACUCUUCGGGUGGUGCCGCCAAGGUGGUGCGUGUGAUCCAUGAGCACGCCGCUCCAGCUGUCGCACCCGCCUACGCUCCCAUCGAUUUGCCCGCACCAGUGGCUGCCCCAGUGGCUUCUUAUCUGCCUCCUCAGGAGAUCGCUGCUCCAGCUCCGGCUCCAGUUUAUGCCGCUCCUGCUCCAGCUCCAGUCUACGCUGCUCCCGCUCCAGCACCAGUCUAUGCUGCUCCUGCUCCAGCUCCAGUCUACGCUGCUCCCGCUCCAGCACCAGUCUAUGCUGCUCCUGCUCCCGCUCCAGUCUACGCUGCUCCCGCUCCAGCUCCAGUCUAUGCCGCCCCUGCUCCCGCUCCCGUGUACUCUGCUCCUGCUCCCGCUCCCGUGUACUCUGCUCCCGCUCCCGCUCUAGAGUACUCUGCUCCUGCUCCAGCUCCCGCUCCAGUGUACGCCGCUCCUGCUCCCGCUCCAGUGUACUCCGCACCUGCCCCAGCUCCAGUGUACGCCGCCCCAGCUCCCGCUCCCGUCCUGAGUGUGCCACAUCCCGCUCCUGCACCCGUUUUUGCUCCCGAGGAGCAGUCCCUGCCCAUCGGCCACGCCCCUGCCCAAACCUACGGCCCACCAGCGUACUAGAGAGACUAGCCAUCAAUUGGAGGACCUUCCUGCUAACUACAUCGACAGCAUAUUACCAUUCCUACACAACGCCAUGAGUUAAUUUAAGACAUUUUUUUUACAACACAUUUUUUUGUUACCAAAUACAUAGACAAUUCCAAAAAAAAAUGCACAUUUUGUAUUUCAACUAGUAUCAACUUGAUAAAAGGUUAAAAAAUGGAUUACCAUCUAUCCAUCAAAAGUGCAUUUUUUUGAAACAUUCAUUUAUUCUUAUGUUUCGUAUAGAAAACUGAAAAACUUCAAAUCCAAUUUGCUUUUUAUUACUACUUCAUAGGAGAAAUUUCAACAUGAUUUUUUUCACGAUAGAUUUGCAUACUUUCAUACGAGGCAAUACACCAGAUGAAAUACAAACUAUACUAAACGUUAAGAUUAAAGACGAGCUCAUUUACAAAUUGUAA